GUCACGCAUAGGCUACUACUUUUAUCACGUCAGUACGUUCACUGAUAUCCUAAAAAAAAAAAAUAGUUUUUCGAUUUCUUACAGUUACACGACUCUAGGCUCGCUGAAACGUCUACCGUUAUCGGUGAACAUUUUAGAGACUGGAUUCAUUCACAGGAAUAUUGGAGGUGGUCCGGCAGGAGGACUGCUUGCUUCACUGGGGAGACGCGCGGUCUAUGGAUGGAGGCGUCCCCUCAAAGCCCACUGGCGAGAUAGAGGAUGCGGUGCGCAUUGCGCGCCUCUCCAACGGGCACCUGCUUUCCCAGGGUCCAGGAGGCUUCUCUAACGCUUGGGAACGUAGACGCUGGUCUGCUAUAUUUCUGCAGAGAUGAUCAUUACACACAGAGGAUGGUCAGCUGUAUCAGGGCUGCUGGACAGGGCUGGUCUCGGCAGAUGGACGUGUGUCUCCUGCUGAGCUGUCUGUUGCUUCUGUUCUCAUGCACAGCUAAUGCGAUGACCACAUCCAGUCCACCAUCACAUGCGCCUUAUCCCAGUGCAUCUUCAACUGGAUCUCCACCAACCUCCCCACAUCCACACCCACCUCCACCAACCUCCCCAAACCCACACCCACCAACCUCCUCAUUAACCUCCCCACCAACGUCCUCACCAACCUCCAAAUCUCCAUCAACCUCCUCACACCCACCAACCUCCUCAUCAACAUCCCCACCAACCUCCAAAUCUCCACAAGCCUCCUCACCACCCAGCACGUCCCCCAAAUCCAUUGCAGCAAGAACCACCACUGGUGACACGACCCCGGACACCACAACUGUCACGACCCUGUCUGGUGACACGACACUGAGCUACACAACGACUGGUCAUGUUGCUGCAACUUGGAGUACCGCAACCCAUCCUGAGAGCACAGCAUCAAACACACCAACCUCUCCUCCAAACCCAACAGAUUUCUACUACUGGAUGGCUCUUCAUGUUGACGUCAUUAAAGGAGAGAGGAAUGAAUCUCAUGUAACUGGAUGGCUGAAGAAAGCUUUUCUUGCCCACCUGGAUGCCUGUGACACACCUUCCGUCACACCCAACCGACCCACUGCAGGCCCAAUUAUCACCACGGCAACCACCACGUCCACUUCUACAGUCGCCGUGGCAACAGAACAGGAAACGGUCACCUCCAACAACUCCACAGAGAUCCGAUCUCAUAACGUUACCACAGCAACCACACCCUUCAAUGGCAGCAGCAGUGACCCUCUGAUCUCACACCAAACUACGAUCUGGCCUCUGAACUACACCACCACCUACACCACCCUCAGUGAAAACAGCACGAAGAACGGAACAGACGGCGGUGUGUUUCAGGACAUUGAUGUGUGCUGUGAGAAGAAAGAGAAUAUUAGCCAGACAAUAUGUGUUGUCAUGGUGAAGCUCUCAGUACCCAGAAGUCCUUGCUGCUUCCGCCAUGCCCUGUGGAACACCAGCUUCACUGGCCGGGGACCCAUCUACUCCAGCAUACAUAACAACAGCGUCACACUCAUCAGAGGCCUAUGGCCUGAUCCCAGCUCAGCACCCCCUAGUGGCAACACGUCAAACUGCAACAGCUCUGAAUCUUCCUCCACCAGCUGCAGCUCCUCCUCAUCCUCCUCGUCCUCCUCAUCCUCCUCAGUCAACUGCACCAGACCUGUGGAUCCGCGGCCAGAGCACAAGGCGGAGAACUGCUCUGAUGAGUUUGAGUUCCUUUCUAGACGUUGUGUUCUGAACUGUUCUCAGAGCUGUGGUGGCAGUGCGGAAUACUCAGUGGGGAUUGCCAUUAACAACCCCUCCAUCACACAGAAAAACAUCACAGCGAUGGUCAACAAACUCAGUGAAUCCUCAAUCCAUAACUGCAGUUCAUCCAAUUCCACCUGCCAGGCUGUGGAGGCCAUUUCAAGAGUCUACCAGACGAGCAGUGUUGUGUGUAAAUCAGGAGAUAGUGUAUGUGUGGUGAUCCUGAAGCUGUCAAGGAGAGCAAACAGAUGCACAGUGAACGCAACUCUCUCCUUCCUGCUCAACCCAUUAGGCAUCACCAUCACAAACCAGACGCAGCGUGUCGCGCUGUGUGCUGGUGCGGUGGCUGGUGUUGAGGGGUCUCCGUCGUCUCCAUCAGCUGCUCUUCAGUGGGGGGACCUGAUCUGGCAGAGCAUCAACUUCAACUCCACGCAGUUCUGUAGCAGUGGACCCGCCUCUCUGAGCAUCAUCCAGUGCCAGCCAGGGAAGAGCACCAUCGUGGAGCUGAGAGAGGGCUGCGGGGGCAAUGGCGGUGGCUCUGGGCCGAACCCUGGUCCCUCUGUUCCCCCCUCCACUGCCUCCCCCACCCCCACCCCCACCCUCACCUCCCCCAGCACCUCUCCAAACGUCUCCACGGCAACCCCCGUCCCCAGUAGCACCACCCACUCCACCGACACCACCACGUCUGCAGGAGGAGGCUCCAGCAACAGCACAGGCCAGACCUCCACCUCUCCAGUGACCACGAACAGCUCCGUCACCACACACACGUCAGCAGCAGCCCCCAACAGCUCCGUCACCCCGUCGCCCGCCAGUGGCGUCACAAACUCAUCAACUGUCAGUACCGUAACAACGGCCACACCUGAAAGUCUGGCACCAACCACAGCUGCAGGGAACAUGAGUGCUGAGGCGAGGGCUGACGAGCUCCUGGCUCUGACGCAGGACGCCUCCUCCCUCAACUCCUCCCAGGUGGAGCAGCUGGUGUCCCAGCUGGAGGUGCUGCUGUCGGGGCCCAACGUGAGCCUGGCCCUGGGGCGCACCUCCGUCAACAUCGCCAACAACCUGCUCAACGCAUCCGCAGCCGCCGUGGCCUCCUCCUCCACCAGGCUGAUCCGGAUCGUGGACACGGUGGGGCUAAAGCUGGAGGUGUCGGGGGAGACUGAGUCCAUCCUGUUCGACUCUCUGGCCCUGGCUGUGAGCCGCGUGGACGGGACCAACUUCAGAGAGACCACCAUCUCCAUCGCCGACCCCACAGACCUGCAGAUCGUGCCCAGGGUGAGGCGGUCGGUGUCGUGGGUGGAGGGGAGGGCUAAGCCCCCCCAGGGCUCCAUCACGCUGCCCUCCACCCUCACACAGCAGCUCAGCCCACAGCAGCAGCAGGAGGCCUCCAGACUGCUCUUCAACUUCUACCAGCGCAGCACCUUCUUCCAGGACUCGGGUCUGAAGUCGGGGAGGCUCAACAGUGGCAUCCUGAGCACCAGUGUGGCUAACCUGUCAAUCAGAGGUCUCCAAGACAACGUCACCAUCACUCUGAAGAACAACAACCCCAUUCCGGAGAACAGCACUCUUUCCUGUGCCUUCUGGGACUUCACUCGGAAUGAUGGCUCUGGGGGAUGGAAUGCUGAUGGAUGUAAUGUUGUUAAUUUCACCGAUGAGCAGACAAUCUGCAGCUGCAGCCACCUCACCAGCUUUGGCAUCCUCCUGGACCUGUCGUUUGGAGAGAAUAUCAGUCGACUGCAGGCCACCAUUCUGAGCUACAUCACCUACAUCGGCUGCGGCCUGUCGGCCAUCUUCCUCUCCAUCACACUGCUCACCUACCUGUCCUUUGGUAAACUGCGUAAGGACAUCCCGUCUAAGAUCCUUAUCCAGCUGUGCUUUGCGCUGCUGCUGCUGAACCUGGUGUUCCUGCUGGACGCGUGGCUGGCCCUGUACCCGGCCGCCGUGGGCCUCUGCAUCAGCACCGCUUUCUUCCUGCACUACUUCCUGUUGGCCUCCUUCACCUGGAUGGGCCUGGAGGCCGUGCACAUGUACAUCGCGCUCGUCAAGGUCUUCAACAGCUACAUCUCACGCUUCAUGCUCAAGUUCAGCCUCGUCGGCUGGGGUGUCCCACUCAUAGUGGUCAUCAUCGUCAUCGCCAUCGAUAAGGACAACUACGGCCUCGUCUCCUACGGGAAGUAUGAAGAUGGCACCGCUGAUGAAUUCUGCUGGUUGCGGAACGACGUGGCGUUCUAUGUAGCGGUGGUGGCGUACUUCGGCGUGAUCUUCCUGGUGAACCUGGCCAUGUUCGUGGUGGUGCUGGUGCAGCUGCGGCGGAUCAAGAGGCAGAACCCACAGAACCUGCAGCACCGCAGCCGUCUGCAGGACGCACGCAGCGUCGCCGGACUCACCGUGCUCCUCGGACUCACCUGGGGGUUCGCCUUCUUCGCCUGGGGGCCCGUCAACCUGGCCUUCAUGUACCUGUUCGCCAUCUUCAACACACUGCAGGGGUUCUUCAUCUUUGUGUUCCACUGUGCGGUGAAGGAGAACGUGAGGAGACAGUGGAGAACAUACCUGUGUUGUGGCAAACUCAGACUAGCAGAGAACUCAGACUGGAGUCGGACUGCCACUCAGAACAAGAACAAGAAGUCCUACAUCUCCCAAUCGCAGAACUCCAGCUCCUCCACCUCUUACCUGGCGCCCGAGUCGUCCGUCCGCACACGGACAAGUACGAGUACAAGCGGAAGUCCGUCUGAUGACCGGAUGAUCUCGGACACAGAGACCAACUCAGAUGUGGUCCAGAACCAGAUCAACAGCCAGUACCACAACCCUGCUCGCGCUCACGCGGAAUGGAUCACACCCUCCUCAGACUCCAGGGGGUCGUAGGUCAAAGGUCAAAGGUGACUCAUGGUACCCCCACGGCCGGACCGGAACUGUUUGUCUUCCAUUAUGAGGGGCGCUCCCUCUGAUAUCCUUCAAGCCAUUUUCAGCAACUCCAGGCUCACUCUGUGGGGGCAGCUGAACUCUGAACUUUCUGAGCAUUGCCUGUACGUUUCACCUGACUGAACUAGCCUAUCAGCUCAGCCCUCCAUCGCCUGUCCCUUUCACCUGACUGAACUAGCCUAUCAGCUCAGCCCUCCAUCGCCUGUCCCUUUCACCUGACUGAACUAGCCUAUCAGCUCAGCCCUCCACUGCCUGUCCAGCUCACCUGACUGAACUAGCCUAUUAGCCCUCCGUUGCCUGAACACAGAGGAAGUGGAGUAAUCAAGGAUAGGCCCUCGAUGGCUCCACUUCUGAAACCCUCCCUGAUUUAGCUGAGAUGGGGUUUUAUAAAUGUCAGUUGACCUAAGGGACGCCAGGGCAGAGAGAAAUGGAGAUCCGUAAGAUCGGGAUGUCCUUCAGGAAGAGGAGAAGUGAUUUAUUCUACAGGCUGUAUGCAAUAUAAAUGUCCUGCCAUGUCCACUGAGUGAGGGUGUAAUGUUGACCCCUCCUUUAUGUGGACGUGGAGCGCCCCCUUGUGAUUAAAACUGGAAGUGGAUGAGUCCCCCUAGCUAAAACUCUUUCAUACUCCCUGUGUGUCAGUAUAUUCUGUAUAUUGUAUAUAUGAUGGUGUCUGACCUUGCUUUUGCCAUUACUGUGUAAUUUCAUUACUCUGAGUUCCUAGAAUCUUAUCCAUUCAUAUUAGACCCACUCUUUCCAAAGAAUGUACAAGUACCUAAAGUCAUAUUCACUCAUAUAACUCACUGCACCACACGUCCCCCCUGGAUCAAGACUGGGGGCGGGGAUGGGCAGAGAAGUUUAGAUGAGUUCUAUAGUAGAGUUCCACAGCAGUAUAUCCCACAGACAGUACAGCCCAAUGAUCAAGCAACCAGCUGAGGUGUGAAGGUGAGGUUUCUACAGCUUAAUAGCCCACAUAGUCUCCAAAGAAUGAUCAGUUUUGUGUUAUCUGCAGUACAUGAGCGCUUGUUAUUGUUUAUUUAUGUUUAUUUUGUAUAGAGGCCUCAAGAUCAUUGCUGUACAACUCCUUUUUAAUCACCAAAGACAAUAAAAUGCAUUUAUUUAAGCUACAAAUAUGAUAUGUUCU